GCCACGAAGAAUGAAGCGCCGUUGCCGCCGCCUUUCACGCAGCCGCGCUCCCUGAGCGUCCCUCUCCCGCCUCUGGGGGCGCUGCGGAGGCGGAGGAAGCGCUUAAAAAGGGCCCGAGCCCGCCGGAUGGCUGUUCAGUUCCGGCCGCUCUUACGCACAGAGACGCACGCGCGCCCGCCUGCCCGCCUUUUGAGUGACCGCGCCGAAGUUGGGCUCCGUUUCCAGCCACCGCAGGAGGACUGCUUGCUUGGUGCCGCCUGCCCGUCCUUCCUUCCCUUCUUCCUUCCUCCGCGCCGGCAAGCCACCGCGAUGUUGGCGCUCAGCUCUGCCCGCCGCCUGAUGCUGCUCCUGGGGCAGCCUCAGCAGUGCCGGGCCGCCGCUGCCUCCGGGGAGCUGCUGCUGCUGCAGGUCUCCUCCGAGGGCGCCCUGAGCCGCGCCUGCCGCCGUGCCUGCAGCGACCACAAGCGCGGCGACAGCGACGACAACCCGCUGGUUUACCUGGACGUGGGAGCGGACAACCAGCCCCUCGGCCGGGUCGUGUUGGAGGUACGCGCCGCUUCCUCCUCCCUGGGCUCUUGAAGCGGGGGGCGCGGGGUUGGCGCCUUCCCGCGUCCCUGAGGUGCCCUUGGAGCGUUUCGGGGAGGGCAGCCGAACUUGUUUUAUUUCUUUAUUGCAUUUGGAGACCGCCUUUUCUUCCCAGGAGCUCAAUGGUUCUCCUCCUCCUCCGAUUUCAUCCCCACGACAACCCCCUGAUGUGGGUUAGGCAGAGAGACGGUGGCUUGCCCAAGGUCACCCAGUGAACUUAAUGGCUGAGUGAGGAUUUGAACCCUGGUGCCCCCAUACUGUAUCCAGUUCUCUAACCGUUACACUGUCGGGGGCUUAGCUUUGCCUGUAUCAGCGUUGCUAACAGACAUCGCUGUUUUUUUGUUGUGUAAGGGAUCCAAUGACACUUAUCAAAACUCUGCAGCUUGGAAGGGAGUUCUUCUCACUUUGCAAGGAGCAGGCAAGAAAGUCACCACCUGUUGAAUUUACAGUCUGCUUGUUACAGUAGGGUUGUUAACGCCCUCUCCCUCCCCAUCAGCAAAACUCUUGUGUCUAUAAAACAAACAGGGUGAAAGUUCUUUAACUCAGAUUGUUGAAUUUCUUCAGGGAAAAAUGGGGCCCCAAAGAUAGCAACCUAGAGAAUACCCAUUAAGCUUUUGUACUACUGAAGAGUGUACCCUUGACUAUUUGUUGCUUUUUUCAAGGUGCCUUUUUGGGAUGUCUCCUUGAGCCAAGGGCACUUACUUAGAAUAAAUCAACCUGCUUUGUUCUAAGCAAAUGAACUGUAAACAUGAUUUGUCAAUUAAGAAUUUAGUUGAUGAAAAUAUGGGUCUUUCAUCCCCUUUUGAUGUAUUUAUUGAUGCCAAUACAGUAUGUAUAUUCCAAGAUAAAAGUUAACCCCAUUCCUUCUCAACAGAGUUCUCUUGAGGGAAGUUUACUUGUUGGAGGCAGAAACUGAGAUAUUGGCAUUUCUCCAGAGAAAAGGGAAUUCUGUAACAUUUGGCAACUACAGAGAACCCUUCUUUGCAUACCCUUUGCUGUAAGAGCUUGACACAGCCAUAGGAUGGCACCUUUUGAAUUUGAGAUAGUAGGGAACAAACCAUGAACUCACAUUUGUGUCAAGACAACUUACCGUAAUCAGGAAUUAAGUUCAGGUUCGGGCAUGUGCCCUACAAAUGGAAAAGAUAUUUUUAUUAGAAUUGUGAAUUCUUUUCUAUUCUAAAGGUGAUUUUUCUGGGGGAGAGAAUCCCUCCCCCAAAAGGACUGCUAGUCUGAAAUGAAUUCCUUUGGCGAGCUUAAUUUAGUGGCUUACACUGAGAGUAAGAGAGAAAAUGAUAUCUGUGUAAUAGAAUUUGGGGGAGAACUGUAUUGGACAGGCUAAAAGAAGUUGUUGAAGGUCUUUGGUCCCUCAUGUAUUGCUUGGAGACCUCAGGGUCCUUCUCUUUUCAGGAUGUAUAGCAAUGAUCCCACAGGUACACCAAAGAGAGAUGCUAUUUUCCCUCACUGACUUAACUCCACUUAUUGUUGACAUCACCUGGAGUCUUUGAUUUAAUAUUCCAAUAGGGAUUAUUGGACAACAGAUCUUACAUACACUAGAAACACGGUUGCAAUGUUGGUCCUAAAGAAAAUGAAUAGGGGAAGCAAGUAAGAUGUUUUCUUUCGGACCAAAUAAUCUUCAAAAUAUUAGGCGCAAACUGCAGGACUUGAGUGUUUGUGGGAAAUAGGAGUGAAGUUGAUGUUGGGCCAUGCUUUUAUCUAUCCAAGUCCCCGCUGAUUUUUCAGACAAAGCAACCCUUCCUAUCUGAGUCAAGAUGUUAUCAGAAAAGAGGAGCCAAAAUGAUCAAAGGGAUGGAGCAACUCCCCUAUGAGGAAAGGUUGCGGGAUGUGGGAUUUUUUAAGUUUAGAGAAAAGGCAAGCAAGAGGGGAAGUGAUCAAAGUGUCUAAAAUUAUGCAUGGAGAGAGUGGCCAGAGAAAAGUUUUUCUCCAUCUGACAUUGGAAUUCAUGGGCAUCCAAUGUUGGGAGAUUCAGGACAGAUAAAAGCACAUCUUCAUGCAGCACAUGGGCUGUGGAACUCAUUUUCCCACAGGUAGUGAUGGCCACCAACUUGGGUGGCUUUAAAAUAUUAGACAAAUUAAUGGACAAAAGGGCUGUCAGUGGCUACUAGCCAUGAUGGCUGUGCUCUACCUCCACAGUCAGAGGCAGCAAGGUUCCCAAAUACCAGCUGCUGGGAACCACAGGAGAGGAGAGUGCUCUUGUGCUCAUGUUCUGCUCCCCCGUUUCCCACAAGCAUCUCUGGUUGGCCACUGUGAGAACAGGAUGUGGGAUUAGACAAGCCUUUGGCCUGGUCCAGCAGGCUCUUCUUACAUAUGCCCAUUAUACCUUUUAUGAUAAGGGCAGUACAAAUACUGCGGUCUGGAAAUGCUUGCUCAUGAUCGGAUCACACUAAAUUGUUCCAAGGAUAUUUAUGGAGAUAUGAAAAGACAAAUAGGUGCAGCAACUUUUAUCCAAUUAAUACUUUUUUCUGAGAUAUCCUUUACAAUGUCAAGGCUAUCUCCAAGCGUGGUUGGACAUGACAAGUCAAAAUCACUUUCACGUAAACAGGAGCAGAAGCUUUUUGAGAGCCAAUUCUUUUUUACUCCAUAGUAUCUCUGUGCCCCAAAUCCGAUGUUCACAAAUUUGAGGUUCCCAAAAGCAAAGACGUCUUGGAAGGCAGACAUAUGUGUUAAAAAUUUUUUUUACUAGGCUACACUUGUAGGUUGCAAGUCUGAGCAGCUCACACAUGAAGUAACUGUCAGUGAUCUGAUUAAGCUUAUAUGCACAUGGAGAUGGUAUUGUAUAAAAAUUGGUUCUCCUUUGUUUUUUCCAUGUACCUUUCUAGAAGAUGAUCUUAAAUGCUUGCCAAGUCAUGCAUAUGGGAAUCACUUGGGAAGGUUAUGUGGGAGAAGCAUUCCAUUGUAAUCUUCCCACAGGCAAUUACAUGCAGGAUCACUUCCAAGAACCAUGAGUGUUAAACCCUGUGUCAUUAAAUUGACCUAAUGACACCCUCAGGUGAUUGUGAGUAGGCUCACAGACAACAUCACAUGAUGCUAAGCAAGCAGGUCACAGGCAAGGGUGUUCAGAAUAAAAAAGUUAUACAUUGAGCUAGGGCUGCUUCUUCUGUAAUUGCAAGCAUCUUUAACAACUCCUUCUCCAGUGCAAUCUACAGUACUUAACUGAUGAAAGGAUAUAAUGCAGUAAAAUUCCAUGUUGUGAAAUUUCUAUGCUGUGUGUGUUAAUCUUCACACAUGGAGAUUUGUUGCCCUUCCUCUUCCUUUUUAGUUUCAAAAUGAAACUACUGGGUUUUUUUUUUAAUUGUGGGCUGUUUGUAAUAGGCUUUCUGAAUGUGUCAGAGAAUUUGGAAGUUGGUGAAUGCUGGUGUAGCUCUGGUUUCUAGUAAUUCUGCUGAGCUGACUAAUUUUUCAUAGAAUUGUAGAAUUAUAAAGUUGGUACUUGGUGCAGGUUAGAUCUUUUUGCUUUUAGCUAAUACUGUGUUAUUUUGUUUUGUUUUUUGAAAGAAUGGAUUAUAUAUUUUAUGUUACAUUGGAUAAUGUGUUUUCUCUCUCUCUUUCUCCUCCUAAUAGCUGAAAGCUGAUGUGGUGCCAAAGACUGCAGGUAGGACAAUACUUUUGCCAGUUCCUUAUUGAAUUUUCAGGGUUAUGAAAUGUUGGUAAGAAAAUGAAGGGAAAUUGAAAUGCUUUUUCUGAAACAAAAAUAGUGUCUUAAAGUUAGUCAACAAGGUGGUUGCAGGGAAGGCGUAUAAAGGAGAUAAUUUUUUUUCACUUUAUCUUCCCUGUUUGUAGCACAGAUCCUUUCCAGGUUUGGUUUUGUCUAUUACAUACGCCCAACUUUUUGGAAUCCUAAAAUUAAGAGAAUUGUUGAGCGAGCCAAGUUCAUAUUUUACAUAAACUUGAGUUUUCACUUGAAUAGUUCUGUUGAUUCUAUUCUGCUCCUACCCAAUGUUGAUCUUUUCAUUUCUUGCUGUGUUUGCUUAUCCACACUUGCCUUUUGCCCUUCUCAUUCCAGGCACAUGCUCUCUCUUAAAAGCUCUGUGUACAAGUUGCUUUUUUUGUUGUUGUUCUUUUGCCCCAAACUUUCCCUGCAAAAACCAGCUCUUUUAGCAUUUAGUUGGAGCAAAUAUCAAUUCAAGUUUUCCAUGGAUUACUGUUUGAUUGAGCUCUAAAGAGAGGGUUUUCAUGGGGCAAGCUCUGGAGCAAAAAAGAAGAGCGGUUGCUUGGACAUGGAGCUUUAAAGGAACAUUAUCUGUAUGAACAUGCACUCACGUCCUUGUUUCAUAGAAACUCAUGACGUGACCAGGGCUACAAUCCUAUACCACUUUUCCUGGGAGUAAACCUCAUUGGACUCAGUGGGAUUUAAUUUCUGAGUAGACAGGUAUAGGGCUGUGUUUGAAAUCAAGUUCAAGUAGACCUACCUCUUUAAUUGAGCAACUGUAAUUGUGAGCCUUAGUUUCUCGUCAUUCUGUGAGUCUGUGUGCCCAUCAUCAGUUCAUUGCUGUUGAUUUUUAGCUGUGCAAAAAUACAUUAAGAUGAUAAGCUUGUGCAAAUAUUGGGCCAAAUCCAGCAUCUUUUUAUAUUGGAAUCCUGCACGUGCAAGAGUUUCCUGCGCACAAUGGAGCGUGCCUGUGCGCUUGCCUCAUUUCCCCUCUUGCAGAAGACAAAGAAUCCCUAAAAUGUGGCAACUAUAAUUUUUUCAGAGGCAAGUAAGAAUUUCCAAGAAGGGUAAUUACAGCCCAGCUGUAUCUAUUGGCAAAUACAUUUAAGAAUAAACAACAAUACUGUGGUCAAGAGCUUCAUGGUAUGCCUAAAAUAUUACCACCAAAUGCACUAGGAUUCUGCUGACAACUCAUUGUUGUCUGCAGUCCUUCGUUCUUCAUGGGAUGCCUUGGUCCUGACCCUUCUAGAGCUGCCUUAGUGUGUGGUGCAGGAAGUAUCUGUGCAACAGGGAUGGAACAGGGCGCUGUGGCCAUCCUUUUAGGCCUGAGCGCCAAGGUGCAGCAUUGCACCCCAAAACCUGUUUUCCCCUCAGGUGGUAAGCCUGUUUCUGAGUUGGGGUCUAUAGCUGGGGAUUGACAUGAUGGAAUGCAUAUGGAAAACUAGCGCCCUGGGGAGAAGCGUUACCUGGAAUAACCUUUUCUCCCUGAUUUUCUGUGUACAUUCAGACAUGUCAGCCUCCCACCACAACCUGAAGCGGUAUAGUCCAGACCUGAGUUUGCCACCUUUCCUUAGGUUCUCCAUUGAAGCUUGCAAAAUUGCACAGCAUUGAUGUCAGCUAUUUGCAUGCCUAAAAUGUCAAGGCCCUUUUGCCCUUACAGAUUUCAGGUAUGCAAAUUUCAGCAACCAGGAGUGGCAGGAGGAGGUUUAUACUAAAUGUAGGAAUCAUUGCAGACACGCUGGUAUAAUUCCCUCCCCCCCAAAAAAAAAUCUUUCUAAAAAUCUGUUCAGAAUAUUGCAUUGAAGCACGCUCUAUUGGAUGGAUUGUGUUUUCAUUGCUUGUAUAGCUGUACAAAGUGUUUUGCCAUGGUUGUCAAGCUUCCUUGUUAGUAACAGUGCUGCCUUCUCCCCUUUCCACCCUCAGAAAAUUUUAGAGCGCUGUGCACUGGAGAAAAGGGCUUCGGAUACAAAGGAUCCACCUUUCACCGAGUGAUUCCUUCUUUCAUGUGCCAGGUAAUUAAACUGGAGGUUUUUAGUAAGCCACUUGAAGUUUUGAAAGAGCAGCUGAGGUGUAAUUGGAAGAAAUGCAAUUUCCAGGAAAAGCCUUUGCUGCAGCACUGCAAAGUUCUUGCAUUGUAUCCCUGUGUUCAGCAGCAGCAGCAGCUGUCAAAUUGCCAUGUAAUAAUCUUGUGAAUUCUCAGAAAGUCUGUAUACCUGGGUGGUGGAGCUAGCAUCUUACAGGAGGCAAACUGACAGCUUCUGCGAUAUGAACUCUUUCAGCCAGCUGUGGAGAGUUGUCUGUCUUAGGAGUUCAGCUCUAUAAGAAGGGAUCCACUUUGCAUGUUUGUGGAUAUCCUGGUUGCUAAAUCAUUCACAGACUACCUGAAUCAGGGUCAGGAUUUAAUAUGUAGCAGGGCAAGUCCUUUAUGGCAAUCUGCUGAAAGCCAGUCCCAGCAGACAGACGUGCGAAUCAAAAUAAAAGGGAGGUGGAAAACAGGCUGAGAGAUACUUUGUCAACCACUGGCUAAACCAGGACUUGAAGGAAAAUCACUGCUCAAAGUGCUGUCCUCCAGCCACCAGGCACAAUCAAAUAAAAGAGAGAGACGGAGCAUCAGUAACAGGCAUGACACCUUCAUUUCCCAAGGAAUGAAAUGAAUUACUUCCUUUUGUUUUCUGUCGUGUCCUUUCUCCAAGGACCUCUGGGUGGUGGGGCAAAUAGCAAUGAAUUUCACUAGGGCAAAGAGGGGACUUUAAAAGCUGCAAUUUACAGUGAAGUCUGGAAGCUGCGAUUGGUGUAGUUAAAAUUAAGUUAAAUGAAGACAUAGGCAGAUCCCAAUAUUUCCCUUUCCUGUGUUUACCUCCAUGAUUUCUAUAUUCACUGGAGCCUCCACAAGCAGUUUAAGCAAUGUUUGGGGAUAGGGUGCUGUUUGUUAACUGCAUCUCUGGUGCAGUGUCUUCUGCCAAUAUGUGGCAUUUCAAAUGCAGGAAACGGGUAUAUCAGAGUAUUAUUUCAACACUGCAUCUGAAAAGACUUAUACAUCUAGAAAGUUGGUAGAAAAUCAUUGUUUAAUAUGAAUAAAUAACAGGUAUUGCCCAGUUUGCUUUGGGAGAAGCCUUAUGAAAACAAUCCUAGUCUGUUUUACCUCUGCUAAAACAAAUGGCUGUCUCACUAAAGGGACCAUUUGUUAGGAAAAGGGCUGACUGUUUGUGUGGAAUUGUAAUGAGCUUUGGUAGGAGAAAAACCAGCAAGUAUAUCUUUUGUUCUUGAUCUCUGACAUCAUCAUCUUCAUUAGUGUUUGCAUUAAUAGAAUAAACAUUUGAAAGAGAAAUAUCACAGGUGUCUUUUAACCACACCAAACCUGGAAAGAGUAUAAAUUUUUGUUGUAUAAUUGCAGUUAAAUUAGCUGAGUCAGCAAACUGUUUACCUUGAAGCAUGUGUGAGGUGGCAGUUCCUUCUAAUUUGGAUGCAGAUGUAUCCCAAAUUUCUGUAAAUAAGGCACAAAGGAUUUUAGUUACACCCAGAAUGGUGGAAAACCUGUGAACCUCCAAAUCUUCUUGGACCUUCCAUCAGCCUCAGUCAGCAUGGCCAAUGGUUAGGGAUGAUAGGGGUUGCAGUUCAACAACAGGAGGAGGCACCAGUUUCCCCACUAUAUAUCCUAGAUUUAAAGAAAGAAGACAAAGUUAAAUCUGAGUAUCUUCUUUGCUGUGGCCUAGAGAAUUGUGGCUUUUCCUAUUGCACAUAGUGGGUGCAUUUCAACUAUGUAUGUAGCCAAAUGGCUUUGAAUGCAUUUGAGAUGAAAGCCCUUAAAAUAAUUACAUCUUGAGUAACUGGGCUUCAGAUUCUUGGAAACCAAACAAUCUGCAAAGAAGCAAGACUGUGUUCCUGUUCUACUCAAGCCUUAAACCUUUCUCCCCUUCUUCUUUUUUUGGAAUAAUGUUGCCUUCUUCCACAGCUGCGUACUUUUUCUUCCUCAUCUAAGGCAGCAUAGGACUGGCAGUGGUGCCUGGUUAGGGUUAGGGACAAAUAUCUAAGCUGUUUAAUGAUGGGCUGCAACCAAAGUGUCUAGUUUCCUUGUUUGCAGGACGUGAUGUUGAAGGGAAAGAGUAGUUCUUACAUGCAAAUAGUCUUCCUUCAUAGUGUUGAAAUAAGAAGGAAUAUUUGUCAGUAGGUGCUUGUGUCACAGUAUCUAUGACAAGCUUCUUCCUAACUCCUGCCUCUUAUCUCCCUCCCACAGAUUCUUAGGAGUAAUAUUUUGAGUUUAUGAUGUUCUCCAAGCAGGCACCUGAUCUUAAGCCUCUCUUAAGAUUGUGGCAUUCAUCUUCUAAACUCGUAGUAGGAAUGCCUGUCAUUUCAUAACUAAAAUGUGAAGUCACCGUGACGUAGCUAAUUGGCAAAAUUAGAGGUACUGAACCUUGACAAUUUAAAUGCUCCUAAAUUAUAGGGUGUGCUUUCACACUUGUUCAGGUAUAACCAAGGUAUUGAUGUAAUUAUUUCCCAGUUCCUUCCAAGUAUAACCCACGGUUAAUCAUCUUAGGAACCUUUUUUCCUCUAAAUGAAAGUGUACUAGUUUUUCAUUGGGGCAUGACGGCAGCGACCCUGUGACAACAAACCAAGCAUGCGAUUUUUCAGUAGCAGUUUUUUAUCUUUCCUGGGGUGCAGAGUUGUUGUUGUUGUGUGAUGCUCCAAAGUCCUUAUAGGUGCAUUAAUCUAGGCCAGCGUUUCCCAACCUGUUGCCUUCCAGGUGAUGUUAGAGUACAGUUCCCAUCACCCCCCAGCCAGCUUGGCCAAUGGUCAGGAAUGAUGACAGCUAGGGCUGGAUGAUGUUGGAUUUUCAACAUCGCAGUGUAUUGCGAGCCAGAUGUCACAGUGUGGCAAUAAACUGUGUUGAUGAAAAAAAGCUGCAUUGGCCCCAGCUGGCAAGGUGCUGGGUGAAACUGCCACAGCUGAGCCCCAUGAACUCCUGCCCCCAGCGGAGCCAGCCCUGAAUCCCCCUGGGAAGGGCAGGCUUCACGCUUCCCAACUGAGCAGCCGCGGUCCUGCUCCUCUCAUGCCAGCAGGAGCGGGGUUCGGGGCUCUUUUAGCUGGGGGGGAGCACUUUAACAGAGCCCCCAUCCCACCGCUGCCUCUCCCUGUUGGAGCAGGUGGGAGGCAAAGGGUAGAGGUUUGCUUAGUGCAGGCAUAGGCACACUCGGCCCUCCAGAUGUUUUGGGACUACAACUCCUAUCAUCCCUUGCUAACAGGACCAGUGGUCAGGGGUGAUGGGAGUUGUAGUCCCAAAACAUCUGGAGGGCCGAGUUUGCCUAUGCCUGGCUUAGUGGGUCCAAGGCUGAAGUGAGAUUUGAAGUGUGAAUUCACCUCAUUCGUAGGUCAGUCUCCUAACCACCCUGCGGCGCUAGCAACUCUGAUGUUUAAAACCACUUUAAAUACAGUAUUUUGUAUUGUACUAUCUGGCCAUAAGUUAGUCAGCUAGAACAGGCAUAUGUUGCUAUGUGUAUGUACUUUGACAAAACUUGUAUCCCUUCCAGGGUGGCGACUUUACAAAUCACAACGGAACAGGUGGCAAAUCAAUAUACGGUAGUCGGUUUCCUGAUGAAAACUUCACCCUUAAACAUAUCGGACCAGGUAAGCAAAGUUUCCCUUCUCUCUCUUUUUUUUUCCUUUUUGCAUGUUCCGUUUGCAGAAAGGGAUGGUGGAGGUAGGGCAGGCCUACGCUUGAAUUUCCAAGCCUAUGUUGAAGUUGUUGAUCGUAUGGUAAGCUCAUGAGCCAGAAGACCAGCUUCUGAGAAUGACUAGGGCAUUUCUGGGCCUCACGCCAAUGUCUGAAGCAGAUUAUGGAAAUCUGAUAAAGAUUUAUUUGCAUUGGUAUUGUUAAGUCUCAAGUUCUAGGACAGAGCUUUUAAACAAGCAUAAUUAAAACGCCAUAUUAUAGCCAGGUAGUGGUAAUUUGAAACUGUUGUCACUUAUUAGUUGUGUUGAAAUUGACAGCCACGAUUUCCCGAAAGCUCAAGACUGCAUGAGUUUGUUCCUCUUGUUCAAUAGCCAAAGAAAGAGAUGGCACAGGGCAAUAUUCAUAUGUGCCUUUCAUCCUCAGAAUUACCCCAUCAAAAAGUAGUAGUUAAGUUGCAGUUCUGUCUCAGAUAGGCUAUUCUGUCUCGGAUAUGCUAUUCAUCCUUUUAACAUCUACAUUGUUUAAUUAGAAUAGGCUAUGUGUGUGGUGUUGCCAUUUGCCAAGCUGAGCUUAGGAUUUGUUUGUCAAAAAGCAAUAGAGUCAACCGGUUUAUAGACAAGUGGGAAGAGGUAACCUUGGAUUCCUGGCAAAGGGGAUAGAAUUAAUUGGUCCCUCUUGCGGAAAUUCUUUCAUAAACCAGAGCCAGUGUCUGAUUCUUCCAGUACAAUAUCAGAUCUUUUUACUGCCUGUUACAAUGGCAUGUUUUGUGAACUCUCGGUGGAAUAGCAUUCUCUUGUUUUUUCAAAUGCAGGACCUAAAACAAAGAGGAGGCUUCAUGCAGAAACUCCUUGAAUGGCCUGUUAGGUUUUUUUGUUCUGUGUUCUUGUACAGUGAAGUUACAUUGCUGUCUUGAUGUUGUUGCAGGUGUUCUCUCAAUGGCCAAUGCUGGACCCAACACUAACGGAUCUCAGUUCUUCAUUUGCACAGCUAAAACUGAUUGGUAAGCAUUCUGCAAACACACAUGUGGAAGGGCUUGUUUUUAUAACUAGGCUUUCUCAAAGCUUGGCAAAUUGCACAUGCUUGUGAUCCUUGCUAAGGAGCAUGAUGGAAGCAAAUGGAAUUGUAUAGGUUGUGAAAAUGCCCUAUAGGAGCUUUAUACAUUUUAAUAAGCAGUUAAGUCAUUGCUUUAGAGGGAAGUGAGAGGCAGAUGAGGAUCAUCAACCUGAGAAGGUAGCCUAUCUAGGAGAAGGAAAACUCUGAUCCUAAACCUCCUCUGCCUUGUGGGAUAUCUUUGGGAGAAGAAAAGGCUAAGUAGCAAAUCCUACAUAAAUCUAGAGUGGAGUUCGUAAGACGGUUGAAUGGUGUCUUGUACGCUUCCUUCUGGCAACUUCUGCAGCCAAGCUGGUGCCAAAUGUAUCACUCUGCUUUCCUUUGAACCACAUCGGUGAGGCCAAGAGGGGGUUCUUGUUGUCUGGGCAGCCUAGGACCUCCAGACACACUGCCCAGGCUUGUGCCCCAGGAAAGGACACUGCUCUUGCAGUGUUUUGACUUCACUCCCAGCAACACACUCGAUUAUUUCUCGAGACAGACUGAUGCCAACAACAACAAAAGCUGUUGCACUGGCUCCGGCUAAUUUCCAUUUAGAAGUGAGCUGUGCUCCUCCUCAAGUGCUUCCUGUAAGCUCUGGUUUUAAAUUAGAAUAACUUAAACAGUACAGGAUUAGAUUUUUUUUUAGCGUAAAGUAGAACUCUUCUGUUAAUUGUGAAUAAUGGUCCCAUUCAGAAAGAGGGUGAUGCCAUGUUAUGCAAAAGCAGAUGAGGAAAAGCAGCCAUAAAAAGCCAGUAUAAAGGCUACAAAGGAGACGUGUGGCUUAGAAAACAUUCACCCAACCCCUAGAAAGCUCCAUUUCUGCCUAUAAACCUUUUGGUGCACCUGUAAUAGGAAUAGCAAAUAUAUACUUGUAUAGCAACAUACUGAGAAGAGUCAGAUAAGUACAAGCCUCAGCACUGUUAUUUAAUUCUGCCAAAGCGUAGAUAGCAUUGCUGUCUCCCAUACGUAACUUUCCUACAUGCCUAAUGCAUAUUUGGAGGAAAACGGGCAGAGAGCACUGCAUCAUGUUUUCCUGCCUGCUAGUCAAACACUUAAUGAGCACAAAGUCACUCCCAUCGUCACAUGUGGUGAAUCAACGCAACAUGCAAGUGAGAGAGUGCUGGAGGGCUAGAGUGACUUUGACUAACACAUCCCAUAAUGAGUGCAUAAGAAUGAAAAUGCCUUGAGUUGCUUGCUGGCGUUUGGUAGCUUUAGCACAUGUCAGGUUCUGAGCCUUAACUGUUUGGUUGAUUAGGCUAAACGCCAUAUUUGGGAUUUGACAGGAGACCUCUGGUAUUUUACCUGCUCUCCUAAGGGCUGGGUCAAAUAACUUUGCACUGAAUAUGCAGACUUUAAAUCAUGUCUCACACUAUCCAUCACCCUGUGUCAGUGCAAAAAACGUUUGUGUAGAAGCCCAGCGCCCUCUUCUCAUGGUCCAGUUCUCACAGAACAUUCUAGAGUUAAAUCUACCUUGUUCAAGGUUCUGUGAUGCUCCAGCCUAACCACUGCCACUUUAAAUGUAGGUAGUUUUGAAAUAGUAAAUCUCUCCAAAGAAAUGUAUUCAGGGUGAAAAGCAUGUCGUCUUUCCUACCCCACCCAAUUUUAACUGACUGACAAUGUCUGGGUAUCUUUUAGUCUGAUAAAAGUCUUGCACCACCACCCCAGCAAGAAGUGGAGUAGAGCUUCGCAAAGAUUGUUGGAUCAGACGCUGAGAUAGAGCCCAUUUGGACUACACUGAACUCAGAACUAUUGAACUGUCUGAGUGCUGCACCAGUAGGGUUGAGCUACAGGUUGUCCACAAAUCCAUCUGCUCAGAAAUGCCAUCUUUAGGCACAAGAGCCCUCACAGAGGCAUACCGGUGGCCAUAUCUGUCAGUUUUUAUGCCACAUCAAAACAGUGUCAAAAUCACUUCAAGCUUAUGGUUUGUAAUUCUAGCUUGCUUAGAUCUGGGUUUUCCAAACUUGGCCCUCCAGCUCUUUUGGGACUACAAUUCCCAUCAUCCCUGAUCACUGGUCCUGCUAGCUAGGGAUGAUGGGAGUUGUAGUCCAAAAACAGCUGGAGACCCAAGUUUGGGAAUCCCUGGAUUAGAUGUUAACAGCAGUAGCUUCUCAAUGCCAAGCUGAUUGCUAAGCUUCCUCCUGGUUUGGUGUGAUUAUUUCUUUUUAAGUGUUUCUGGCAUGGAAUAAAACCUUUUCAGUAAGAAGAAAAUCAUCCCAUGUUUCAAGUCAACUCAUUCUAGAUUCCUUCCCAUUCAUACUGCAGUUUUCUUUUCCUGUUGCAUAUUAUUCCUGUUUGCAUUGCAGGCUGGAUGGGAAGCAUGUUGUGUUUGGCCACGUGAAGGAAGGGAUGGAGAUUGUGAAAAAAAUCGAGAGCCUUGGCUCCAAAAGCGGGAAGCCUUCAAAGAAGAUUGUCAUCACUGACUGUGGCGAGCUGAAAUAAGUCAAGAUGUGGGAGUCUCUGGCAAAUCAUUGAUGCAAAAAAAGGAAUCUGCGUGAAUUAUUACUUGCACAUUUCUCAUCUGGAUAAGACUUUGUACUGAUAAGGAUACUAACUCCUUGCUGAGCCAUGAUCAAGGACAAUAGAAGUAUAUGAAGAAUUUCAGUUUGGAAAAUUCGUUUGAUCUCACAUGACCAUAUUCUGGUUUUUUUGGCUUUUUAAAUUGUACUACUUUUUAUUUAAGUGUUACACUGAAGGUUCUCUUCAGUGCUUUAUAAUGGAAAAUACAAGAACAAUGGCUGCUAGCAAAGAUCUGCUAAAAAUCCUCUGAAGUAGUUUAUAAUCUGAGCUGGGAAUCUUAUAAGAUUCUUAGUUAGAGUGGGGAGUAACUAAGUUUCUUACAAUUUAAAGAUUAUCCUGUGGUCUGGUUGAACUUGAACUCUCCUAUUUCAAAUGAAUGUAUUAAUGUAUGAUCUCCAGCAUCUGUGGAACAGCCGUCAGAAUAUGGGUAGCUAAAUGAUUAACUGAUGUGACUUAGGAGUUCAGCUGAUUGAUCAAGGUAACUUAAUGAACAGUACUCUCUCCCCUCCCCCUACUGAGAAAAUACAAUAGAAGGUGCUAAAGAUCCAUUAUAUGCAAAGGUACACCAGUACCUGAAGUACAUGGAAUCGUGGAUUUCCUACUUCUAAAUUUCUUCCAGUCUUCGACCAUCUAGAGCUUUUAACAAAGGGCAGAAUUAACUAAUAACUACUUUCACUGCUUAGAAUGUAAUGCUUGUGACAUGCUACUGUUAGGAUUUGAAUCUGGGAGCAUGUUACCAGAUCAGCCAGACAUUCUGAAGGGAACUAGCCAUACCUACAUGACAUGCAACUGUGAACUUUUUAAAUGGAGCAUGGGAAGGCCUUUCUUACAAUGAUUUAUUGUUACUUAGUCCUGCUCUACUGUGAUGGAUCCACUGUGAUAGCAUCUCACUGUGUUCCAAAUAUAGUAGGUCUGAUUUAUGUAAGAGCUGGUAUUAAAUAUGAUUUUCCUGUGCUUUGACUUAAAACCAGAGUAAGUAGCUGAGAGAGGCUAUGGAGAUUGAUAGAAUCACGCAAGGAGGGAAAAGUUGAAGCAGUGGAUUAUUUUUCCCACUUAACUUGCUUCAGUCUCCACUUGAGUUACAGGAUUGGAAGGUUCAGCUGAAGCAAGCUGAAUUUAGGAAGAAAUACUGAAACGAUAAGGAGGCCCUUUGGCCCAUAUUCUGGAUAUAUCUACACUAACACCUUUUUAAAUCAUAAGCCUCCCUUACUGCACCAUCAAAUAAUUCUUGAUGUUGCAUGAGUGUUUCUCAUCCCCAUCACAGAUCCGACAAAUUCCUAUGGUACCCUGUGGGAAGGGGGGGAUGUUAAACAAAUUUCUGUGGUGUAGGUAUAUCCUAAAUCACAGGAAAAGUGACCCCCAUAAUUGGUAGCAUGUCGCUUUCUCUCAGGUGUGUUCAAAAUUCACUGCAGGCCGGUAAUGAUGAACUUUUGAUCCCAGGUACAGAGCAAGGAAGGAUGGCUAAAACAUCCUGAGAUUCCCUGUGCUUGCACAUGACUCUGAAAUGGCCUGUUCAAACAAGCUGAUAAGUGUGUUCUCGGAGCUGGCUCCUGCUUGUGGAUAGCACAUGGCUUCUUUUGAGGGGGAAAUGAAACAGGGAACCUCGCAUGGCUCUUUUAAACCAGACCUACCUUUUUAAUUUUUAAGUACAUUAUAGUGAAUGGCUAUUGGGAGCUGAAUCUGACAUUUGGUAAAGUAAAUAUAUGAAAUGUGAAUACCCUUCUAUGAUGUGAGUGUUUUUCCCAUAGCAGCUAGUAUCUCUGCAGGUUGAAAAUACUAUUUGCACUAGGCUUGUGCAUGCAGUGAAAGGUUAAUUUAAAAACAAAUAGGAUACCUCCGGUCAAUUGUUCUUGCAUUCUUUGAAGUAUAUUUGAAAUGGUAGCAAUCUUAACUUGUUUGGCUUAGGUCGAGUAUCAAUAACUGGUAUUUUUGUUACAUGUUCGUUUUUGUAUGUGUAAGGUCAUUAAAUACCUUUUUGUAAAAAGUGAUGGUCAGUUUCUUUUCUAAGUACAAAGGCAAAAAUAGCUUGAGAAGAGGUACAAGAGCAGCUGCUUCUACUAGGUUUAUUGCCAUUGUCCUGCUUUUCAAAUACUGGCCACAUAUUGCAGGUCACCAGCACAAAGCCCUCAUAAGUCCAUCUUUGUAGUUGUUGACAUCCAAAAUCAGGAUUGGUGAACCUGUGCCCCCCCCCAUGUUGUUGGACUAUAGCAGGCAUCCCCAACCUGUGGCCCUCCAGAUGUUUUGGCCUACAACUCCCAUGAUCCCUAGCUAACAGAACCCGUGGUCAGGGAUGAUGGGAAUUGUAGUCCAAAACAUCUGGAGGGCCGAAGGUUGGGAAUACCUGGACUAUAGCUUCCAUCAUCCCGGACCAUUAGCCAUGUUGACUGGAGCUCGUGGGAGUUGGUCCAACAAACUGUUAGAGCAGCCUGCCUUAACCUGUGGGCCCCCAGAUGUUGAACUACAACUCCCAUCACCCCUAGCUAGCAAGGCCAGAGCUCAGGGAUGAUGGGAGUUGUAGUCCAACACCAUCUGGGGACGCACAGGUUGAGAACCACUGUGUUAGAGGAUCACAGGCUAGCCACCCCUAUGGCAGCCAUUGCUGUUUCUUCCCUUUACUUGUUGGAAGAUUGCCUGAGUUUCUGUGACAUGCUGCUGUUUCAGAGCCAUAUGAUAUAAAAGCACUUAUUUGUUUUAGGUGGUGCUGCGUUAGUUAGGCACACCACCCCUUUGGGAAUGUAAAUGUCUUUUGAUGAUCCAAACCUCAAAUCUGAUUAAACCUGUAAUGCUGCCUUCCUGGGCUGGGUGACUGACUAUGGGCUCUUAGUCACCCAUUCAUUUCUAUGACAGAUUUCAUCACCUCUCUCCUGGUUCCUGCUUAAGCAAGUCAGCUGUGAGACUGCUCUCAGAGGACAUGGUCUGGGUUGGUUUACCAAAGUGCUACUUCAUGAAGGCACACUCUGUAGCAGAGGGUUCUUCUCUACCCCCCCCAAAAAAAAUUAGUUGAUUUUUCAUAUAAAAAAGUCAAGACUGAUGCUUGUCAGAGUUGUGAAUAUUUUGGAGUUGGGCUUUGAAGAGCCAUUACUACAGCUGUGCCCGGCCAAGCAGCUGAGAGCCUGACCACAGGAGUGGAUCCAUUCCUGACUCAUGAAGGUGACCUACAUUACUUUGACUAUGUAGCAUUAUGUUUCUAAAGCCCCAUCUUUAGAAAUGGACAAGUUAACUAGCUUGGAUAAAAGUAAGCAUUUGGUAUGUUGAAAUUUUGUGCCAUUUUAUGGAAUAUUAGAAUUAUUUUAAUGCCAGGUUAUAGGAUGGGAGUUUGUCCUUGCAUAAUUUUUUUAAAAAGUGCUGCCCUUCUGCAUUAUUUCAGAGACUUUCUUGUUCACCCUUCAGGAUCUGUCCUUCCAGUGAGCACUCAGGGCUGAUUUCCUUAAGAAUGGAUAGGUUUGAUCUUCUUGCAGUCCAUGGGACUCUCAAGAGUCUCCUCCAGCACCAUAAUUCAAAAGAUUGCAGGUUAGCCUGUCAAAACAUGGUGCUGAUGGUAGCCAUCAUUAAAUAUAAAGUCAGGGCAAUGGAUUAUGGCUAUUGGUGUGAACUGAGUGGUUCUUUGGAUGUUUACUGAUGGAUGGAAAGGAAGCACAAUAACCUCUGUCAUUUCACAUCUCUGCCCCCCACCAAGUUUGCUUCUCCUGCCUAGAAAGAGCCCAGAGCUACAGAUUCUGCUGCUGGGUGAAAAGACCAAAACACCAGCUGCUACCAGGCCCUUGUUGCCAGGUAGCACACUGCCAAGAGGGUGUUUUCAUCUCCAUGGACACCCUGGAACCUUCCAUAGACCUGCAAUUAGGACAGAAGAAAUGGCUCCUUAUUUGCCAAUGGGGGGGGGGGCGGAACCAAACCCGUUGGGUCCUUUGCAUGCUUAUUGAAAAGACCCAUGGAGUUCAGUCCCACAAUAGUAUGCAUGGGGUUGCAGACUCAGAGGGGAUCACAGCAGGGUGUGCCAAAGUGUUUAGAAUUAUGUGCAUUUCGAACAAUGAUUUCAAGGAGUGAUCAACCUACACGAUGUUCAGCAUCCUCAGCCUGAAUUCCUAUUAAAGCCAUCAUUUUUAUUG